AUGUUGUCCAUCCACAUAACAGUUUGCGUUAUUCAGCUGAACACAGUAUUGUGUAAAUUCCUGCGAAUCGUUGACGAAAUAACGGCUGAAUACGGAGACAUCAUCCGAUUCUGGCAAGGACCUCAAUUCACCGUGUAUGUUGGACGACCCUCCUGGAUUGAGUCCAUUUUGACGAACAAAAAUUUAACGGAUAAAUCAGGCGAGUACAGCUUCCUGUCCGAUUGGCUCGGCGAUGGACUUUUGCUGAGCAAACGCCACAAAUGGCACGCCAGACGGAAAGCCAUCACACCGGCCUUCCAUUUUAGCAUCCUGGAGCAGUUCGUGGAGGUGUUCGACCGAAAUGCCGCCGAGCUUGUCGACGUGCUCGACAAAUACGCUACAAGCGGAGAAACGUUCGAUGUGUUUCCCUACGUUCUACUGUACACAUUGGACGUCAUUUGUGAAACCGCCAUGGGCACUUCUGUGAAGGCCCUACGCAACGCCGACUCUGAAUACGUUCGAGCCGUCAAGGAAGCUGCCAGUAUUUCGAUCCGCCGAAUGUUUGACUUUAUUCGAAGAACUUCUUUCUUCUACAUGACUCCGACGUAUUUCCGGCUACGGAAGGCGUUGAAGGUGUUGCACAACUACACUGAUAACGUCAUAACGACAAGGCGCAAACAAUUGGUCGAACAAUCGGCAGAUCUCAACGGCUUCGACGACGAAUGUGGUAUCAAGAAGAAAAUGGCUUUCCUGGAUAUGCUGCUGCACACGACCAUCGACGGCAAACCCUUAACCGAUUUGGAAGUCCGUGAAGAAGUGGAUACGUUUAUGUUCGAAGGUCACGACACAACAACUUCAGCCGUUUCGUUCACCUUCUACAACUUGGCCAAAUAUCCGGAAGUCCAGCAGAAGUGCUACGAAGAAAUCGUUUCCGUAUUCAGCGAUGAUCCUAAUAAACCCAUCGAACUGUCUCAGCUAAACGACCUCACGUAUCUGGAGAUGGUCAUCAAGGAAACGCUUCGACUGUACCCAUCUGUCCCCAUGAUUGGUAGACGAUGCGUCGAAGAUGUUACCAUCGAUGGUAAGGUCAUUCCGGCCGGAACGAACAUCAUCAUCGGGAUCUACUUUAUGGGCCGAGAUCCGAACUAUUUCGAACGACCGCUGGAGUUCAUCCCGGAACGAUUCGCCGGGGAGAAGUCAGUGGAAAAGUUCAACCCCUACAAAUACAUUCCCUUCAGCGCGGGACCGCGAAAUUGUAUUGGCCAAAAGUUCGCUCUCAACGAGGUGAAAAGUGUGAUAUCGAAGCUUUUGCGCCACUAUCAGUUCGGCUUGCCGUCGACGAAUGCCGGAACUGCCAACAUCGAGGAACACCGAGAACCAACGCUGGCCUCCGAGCUGAUCUUGAAGCCGCAUCAUGGAAUUCACCUACAGAUCCAGCACCGGCAUCAUCAUCGACCCACCGCAAAAACUCCCAGCUACGGUAAUGGCUACGCAUAAGUCUAAGUUAAAACCUGCUCGAAGUACUAUUGCAAACAAAUAUUAUCUAAGCGAGACGGAUAAGACUAAUUUGAUACAAGAAGGUGUGGGAUAGAAUCUCGAAACCAUUAGCCUAAGAUAAAUUGAAAGAUCAAAACACAUGUUACUGUAUUCCUGGUAACACCUUGAUGUCCAAUUAAAUUAUU